UUGAUUGUGCCUAGUCCUGAAAAUAUGAUGGCUGCCACAUCUGAUAAGCCUACACCUAAAGCCAAUGCCAAUAAGCUUCAAAAUUCUGAAAUCCCCCCAAGUGAGCGGUUAGAAAAACAAAUACCAAUCACUUCCAUUCCAGUGCAGACCCCUAAUGUGGUGAAUGAUUUAUUGGCUGAUUUAGAAAGUCUAAAUGAAGCAUAUGCAUGUAGCAUGGAUACACAGAAGGCCAUAGUUGAAUCUUGUUCCACCAUUCAAAGUCAUCUCUCAACAGAGCAGCCCCAUACUACACCUCCCACAACCAAGAUUGUAGACAAUUCCAUCCUGCUUCCAUUGGGCCAACAACUCAGUGUCGUUCUAUCCAAACCUGUUUUGACACUUGCUACCGAUCCGCAGUUUAAGGCUCAGCUUUCUGAUAUUUUGCAAACUUUUUCAACUACACCACAUCCUGAGACUAUUGAUCCUUUGUUAGCUCACUUGUAGAAAGUUUAU